AGGUAUGAAGGUCAUUGAAAACAGAGCUAUGAAGGAUGAGGAGAAAAUGGAGAUUCAAGAGAUGCAGCUGAAGGAAGCCAAGCACAUUGCUGAAGAAGCUGACCGCAAAUAUGAGGAGGUUGCCCGUAAGCUUGUCAUUCUGGAGGGAGAACUGGAAAGAGCUGAAGAACGAGCUGAGGUGUCUGAACUGAACACAGAGCCACUGAGGGACAAAAGGAAGAUGCCACUAGAAGAGAACAUUUGUUACUCAGGGUUGAACAGUGGCGUCUUUGGGCUCUCUGGUUAUUUGCCUGAAGGUGUUUCUUUACCCAACAAGCACCGGAGCCGCAUCCUUGCCGCCGCCGCUGCCACCGCGGCCCCACGUGUGAGCUCUCGCAGCCCUUCUUUCGGCACCGGAUCCGACUCGACCAGCCCCGCCGCUAGGAUGGCAGGCACUACAGGAUCGCUGGAGGCGGUGAAGCGCAAGAUCCAGGCGCUGCAGCAAGAAGCCGACGACGCCGAGGACCGCGCCCAAGUCUUGCAACGCCAGCGCGAUCAGGAGCGGGAGCUGCGCGAUAAAGUGGAGGAUGAGCUGUUGGCUUUGCAGAAGAAGUUGAAAGGGACAGAAGACGAGCUGGAUAAGUACUCUGAAGCCCUGAGGGAUGCCCAGGAGAAAUUGGAGCAAGCUGAAAAGAAAGCCACAGAUUAUUCUGAAAAAGAGGACAAGUAUGAAGAGGAAAUCAAACUUCUGACUGACAAGCUGAAGGAGGCUGAAACACGAGCUGAGUUUGCGGAGAGAACAGUUGCUAAACUGGAAAAGAGCAUUGAUGAUUUGGAAGAAAAAGUUGCCGUAGCGAAAGAAGAGAAUUUGACUCUGCACAGAACUCUGGAACAAACCCUCUGUGAACUGGGCAGCAUAUAAAAUCCAUGGGGAAAGCACCCAAACUUUGAAGGUCAAGAAAACCUCUGACAAGUCAUCAUGUUUGGAUUGGCAGCUUCUUUUUCUAAACCCACUUUUCUUUUCUUCCUUUCACAUUCUGCAAAGAGCAAAUAUGGGACCAAAUCUUUUUCUUCCCCCACUUUGAAAUAUUAAGGCUUUAGGCACACACUUGAACGUAGGCUUCUGAACUUACCCUGUCCUAUAUGACAAGCACAUUGUGAAACUGGAAAAGUUGUCUUUUUAACCUUUUUAAAAAAUAUAUAUAUGUGGAUCCUUCUAAGGUGCUAGGCCCAUCCAGUACUGGAAAGACACAAUCCGUAUGUGUUCUGCAGAAAGCUGCUCUCUUUUUUUGCCAGUAAGUUGCUUUUCGUGGCGGUUUGCAGCCCAAAACACAUUUUGCCCAGUGCGUGCAUGUGUCCGUGCGUGCAUGUGUGUGUGUGUAUCUGGAUGAAUCCUCUGUGAUAAUGUCCUUGGUUUGUUUGAAGCAGUGCCAGAGAAUCUUUUUCUGCCUGAGAUUCCUGGGUGUUACUGUGAACAAGGGAAAUUUCCUUGCAAAACUGUAACAAAAGAUAAUAAAAGUAGCCUGCACAUUCCUUAGGCAGUUCAAGGCUGGAAACACAUUUCUAUCAGUACAACUGGAAUAGAGGGGAGUUCUCUCCCCCACCCUACCUCCAAUUCUUGCAAAGGCCCUCCAAAUCUCCCCCAGACAGAUAGGGAACAGGGGCACAGUAAGGGGAAGGGCAGGGCUGUUUUCUUGGGCAAAUGGGUGUUAAUUAGCAUAGCACUGGAUUCCACAGUGGGUGCCUUAAUGAUAAAAGGCUGCAACUGUUCUAGUUUAGACCAAUGCUCCAAAUAAUGUCCUUUUUUUGGUUCAUCUCCUUUUAAGAUUUCAGAUGCAAGGGGAGGGGGGAGCCUACAUUUUCCUGUUGGUCUUCUUUCUUGUGCUCUGAUAGGAAAAGAGUUGCUUGUGUUUUGUUUUUGUUUUUACUUCUGUAUUUAUUCAAUUUUACAAGGUGGGAAAAAAUUGCCCAAACCAAUCUGUAUUAAAACUUUCUGGCUCCUGUAAGAGAAUCCUGUAACAUGAUUUUUGAUCUAAUAAUAAUUUUUUUAAAAAGUA